AAGAAGAACAAUGUUAAUGAAGCAAUUAAAGAGAGAGAGAGAGGGAGGAAGAAAGAGGGAGGGAGGGAGAGCGAAACGAGAUGUUGAACGAGAUUCGACGUGAGUUGGCAUUAAUCACUUUCCAAUCCAUGAUGGCUGAUCCGACUCCUGAGAGCGAACAGCAACAUCAGCCAUCAUCCCUGCCAUUAUAUCUGAACCUUUGUUGAAUUAAGGAACACUAGUACUCUGUCUUGCCCCAUCUACUCUGUACUUGGUCCGUCACAGUUCCUUCUUUGUGCUGCUUUGCCGUCCGCAAAUUUGAUGUUGUAACUCUAUGUAGCAGUUCCAACAACUGUAACCGUUGAACGAGUAUACCAGGACCAAACAAACCACCAGUAAUACAAGAAAUUGAAACCCUUAAAACUAAAAUCUAAAAACCCCAUUGAAGCAGAGAUAUCCAAUAACUUGGCCAUGGCAUCUUUGGAUACUUUUAUGCGCAAUGUCGUAACCCAGGAUACAAGGAGUCGGACUCAGGUUCAUUCCGAACUUGUGUCCUAUCUAAGUGACCCCGGAGCAUCUUUAGAUUGCGAGGAUAUUGACCAAUUCAUCAAUGGCUUGGUUGCAUGGGUGAACAGCAGUAACUUCAAGAUUUCCUUGAAUGGUCUUGAAGUGCUGUGUUUGAUGGUUGAUCGAAUGGGAGAAGAAUUUAAACCUUAUGUUAAUACAGUCCUUCCUGCUGUUGUGGACAGGUUAGGGGAUGCUAAAGACCAAGUUCGCGAUCAAGCUCAAAAAUUGCUGUUGAAACUGAUGAUGCCGGCAUCAUCCCCACAGUAUGUUUUUGAACGUAUCACAUCAUGUUUUACCCACAAGCUCUGGCAUGUACGAGAAGGCAUCCUUGUUUGCCUACAAAAUACAAUAAAUACGUAUGGUGCUCGCAGUUUACAAUUGAAUAAAGCAGUACCAUCCAUAAUCAAAUUGCUGGAAGAUCAAAAUGCUCAGGUUCGGGAAGCAGCUAUUAGUACUCUUGUUGAGAUUUACCGUCAUGUUGGUGAGCGUGUAAGGUUUGACUUGGCUAAGAAGGAGUUGCCACCUGGAAAGUUAAAUCACCUUAAUCAAAAGUUUGAUGAGAUAAAAAAAUCUGGUAAUAUGCUUCCAACUGCAGACGUAGCUCCUAUUCGAAAGGACUAUCAUAGCGAAGAUGAAACAGAUUUUAUCAAACCAAUGUCCAGAUUGCAUCCUAUCCGUCGUAGCUCAAGUGCAACUGCACGUAAAUCUUCUGGACUUGCCAGAGCCGUUACAACAGCAAGGCAAGAAAGCAGCGCUGGUGCAGUUGAUGAAGAUUUAUUUAUAAAAUCAUUUGAAGAUGUUACGAAAGUUCAGAUUUAUUCUUGUAAAGAUAUCCAAACCCAUUUCACUAAAGUUAAAGAUACUCUUGGUGACAGCAAUAACGACUGGGAAAAAAGAGUUGAAUCUCUUCGUUUAGUGCGAGCAUUACUAAUAUGUGGAGCUGCAGAUUAUGAAGACUUUUAUUCUAUGUUACGUACUUUGGAACCAGCUUUUUGCCUUGCUAUCAAAGACCUACGGUCUCAAGUUGUGAGAGAGGCCUGCAUCACAACAGCCUUUAUCUCCCAGCAGCUUGGAAAUAAAUGUGAUCAUUUUGCUGAAGCCAUGUUGCAAAAUCUUAUUGCUCUAGUAUCUAAUACUGCCAAAGUAAUGGCUACCUCUGGAGCUGUGUGUAUACGCUUUCUGAUCCAGUUCACUCAUUCUUCUAAAUUUAUUCCUAUAAUAACUGGCAACUUUUCAUCAAAAAAUUCCAUAAUUCGGAGGUUGGUGUGUGAAUGUUUGAAACAAAUACUCCUCAGUUGGCCAACCCAUAUUCUAGAGAAACACAUUGCAAUUUUGCAAGAUGCUAUAAAAAGAGGAAUCAGUGAUCCAGAUUCAGAAACUAGGGCACAUUCCAGAAAAGCUUAUUGGCAUUUCGCUACACAUUUCCGAGAUCAAGCUGACGCACUGCUGAAUUCAUUAGACGUUAGUAAACAAAAAGUCCUCCAAGGGGAGUUAAGUAAUUCUUCCAGUAAUAAUUCUUUAAAUAGUGCUGACUCUCUGAAGUUACCUGCAUCAAGGUCACGGUCUGCUAGCCAAGAUCGAAUAGGUUUUGAUUCACUCACGCGUGGUGGCACCCGCCGGUCUGUCACUAGCAAAGUUGCUCCAAGCCCACGGCAAGCAACACACCAUAGAAAUAUUGGUAGCAGUGGUGUUUAUGGUACUAGAGCUAACAGCACGGGUGGGAUAGUGCGCUCUAGUAGUGAUGUAGAUCUGACUGGCUCCGCACGUAUUUAUCCUUCAUUUUCAAGGGCCACAGCACUUAGACUUACUCCAGACAAUACACGUUCACUGCCCCGUCACAAGACAUCCAGUAAUGCUAGCAGCUCCAUAUCAGGUCUGGUAUCUCCUGAGAGAGGGCGCACACGAUCAAGGAUAGGGGUGUCCCAGUCACAACCAAGUAGCCGAUCUGGCUCUCCAUCUUCUCGAGUAGGCUACAGUCACCAUGGCACUUCUCACCACUCUACACACCACUCAAUAAGUACGCCAAAAGCAAGGCGUUCAGCUAUACCUAGAAGUCAAGGUACUAGUCGUGAAACCAGUCCUAAUCGGUCAACCUAUGGCCGUGAGAGACGAUUAAGUGGCAGUAGACUUUCGACCCUACAAAAGCCCAAUGUGAUAACCCAAAGAGUGCUUAGACCCGGCUCUGAUUCAGAAGCUGCUAUAGCAGAUGCUUUGGGAGAUAUAACACAGCGUGGCCUCGGCCAGUCUUUUAUAUCCCAACAGCAAUCAUCUCUACGCAAAAGGUAUGAGAGUUACGAUUCUGAUGAUGCUGGCAGUGAAACUUCAAGUCUUUGCUCAGAGCGUUCCUUCAGUUCUUAUGGCCGUACAUCAGAGAGAGGAGAUUCGCAAAGCAAAGAUUCUAGUGCAAAUGAGCAGGAUAUUUAUGAAAUCAUUCGAAGCUUAUCAAGCAGCUCUCAUACUGAACGUAAAGAAGGCCUUUAUGGAUUGAAGAAUGUGUUAUUGGGUGCACGUGUUCUUAAUCGAGUGGAAUUAAGGAAGGUGACGGAAAUAUUUACUCGCAUGUUCCAUGAUCCAAGCAACAAAGUUCUCAGUAUAUUUCUCGAUAUUCUUGUGCUGUUGAUUACUGUGCACACAACUGAACUAAAUGACUGGCUCAAUAUAUUGCUGACCAAACUUCUUAAUAAGACUGGUACUGAUGUACUUGGAUCAAUUCAAACUAAAAUACAAAAAGCAUUAGAAACUGUCAGAGAAUGUUUUCCUUGUAGCCUACAAUUUAGUAUAGCUACCAGGUUUUGUAUUGACCAAACUCAAUCACCAAACCUUAAGCCAAAGGUGAAAGCAGCUGUUCUGCAAUACAUGCAUGCUUUGAUCCUACUUAUGGACCCCUCAGAUUUCAAUAAUUCUAGUGAUUCCCGUUUAGCUGUAUCUAGAAUUAUAACCUGGACUACAGAACCAAAGAGUGCAGAUGUACGAAAGGCUGCUCAAGCUGUACUGAUUGCACUCUUUAACUUAAAUACAGCUGAAUUUUCAAUGAUGUUAUCCAUUCUUCCCAAAGCAUUCCAGGAUGGUGCUACCAAAAUCUUGCAUAACCAUGUGAAAUAUGCUAGUUCUCACUCUGAUUCAGAUGUUCUAUCUCCUCGUAACGCUACUAGCCCUGUUGCUCGCUUACGUCCUCCUUCCAGAUCUGGUGAGCCAGAUGAGUAUGAAACAGAGAACAUGAAUCCUCAGGAUAUCUAUAACUCUAUAAAGAAAACGUCUGCCGAUAUACAAAACCUUAGCUAUAACAGUAAAUUAGACCAUUUUGAUGAUGUAAAGAAAAAGAAAGAAUUUACUUCUCAAGAUAGUGGUAUUCAAGACCUUCGGAAUGACAGUCCUGACGUUUCUGAUCCUCGUAAAACGUUUUAUAACCCUUCACACUACCAAGAUGAGCAUACUUUAAAUGGAUACAACAGAACAACACUUUCUGGUGCUAUGCUGGAUGUAGACAAUGAGCUAUUUAAUGAAGCUCCCUGGAAGUCACUGCUGGGCAUACCGGUCACCGAAUGUGGAAAUAAUCAAGACCAAGAUGAACAAAUCCAAGAAAUUCUGACAGAACUUUCUAAUCACAAUUCACGCAACGAUGAGAGAAAGAAUGCAAUGCAUUUACUAAUGAAGCUAGCUAUAGACGGAAAAACAGAGUUAUGGGACAAGCAUUUCAAACCAGUUUUGUUAAUUCUUCUGGAAACUUUAGCUGAUGAUGAUUAUAAAAUUCGAGGCCUCACUUUGUGUGUAUUAAGAGACAUUUUGCACAACCAACCAACUCGAUUUAAAGAUUAUGCAGAGUUAACUAUUCUAAAAGUAUUAGAAUCACAUAAAGAUCUUAUUCGAGAGGUUGUGAAAGCAGCUGAAGAAUGUGCUGGAACUCUGGCUAAUGUAAUCCCCCCAGAACAGAGCAUUAGGAUACUUAAUCCACUCAUCCAAAGUUCGCAAUACCCAGUUAUUUUAGCUGCAAUCAAGAUGCAAAAUAAGGUUAUAGAACUCUUACCCAAAGAGGAAUUAGAAACCUCUCUUACAGAGAUAGUUCCUGGUUUGUUAAAAAGCUAUGAUGACUCUGAAAGUACAGUUCGCAAGGCUAGUGUGUUCUGCUUGGUAUCCAUUUAUAUGGCAGUUGGUGACAAUUUACGACCCUAUUUAAGUCAGUUGAAUUACAGUAAGAUGAAAUUAUUAAAACUCUACAUAAAACGGGCUCAGUCACAGAAAGAUGGCUCAAAAGGUUCCAAAUCUCCACUGGCCUCUGCUGAUACGUGAUGCUUACUGGUUGUUUAUGUGUGGUUAUUGCAAUAAAAUUUGGGAAGUUUUCAACCAAAGCUUAUACAAGACAAAAAAAAAAAAACAAAACAACAACAAUAAACAACAACAAAAAACACCAACAAUUUCCCCCUCUCCCCUCCUCAUAUCAUGUCACCUGUCUAAUACCUCUCUUGUUGUCUCACUUGUUUGUCAGUCAUCACUUGAAUCUUAUUUGCCUACAAUGCUCUGUGAUCUUACCCUCUCCCCUCUCUCCCUUUCUCCCUCUCCCCCACUCUCCUCUCGUGCCUGCUUAGCAGUUAUUGAACUGUUGAUGAACAGCAAAUUCUUCUUCUCCUCAAACUGCAGCGACCAGCAGCAGCAGCAACAGUGUUUACAAUGAGAGGCAGCGGAGGGGGGGGAAGGGCUUCGACUCUUUACAACAGUAUUGCUCUCUGGCUAAGGUGUUGUGCCUCCUGCUAGUGCUGCCCUCUUUAAUACAUUCUCUAACAAUUGAGCAGCUACCUUUCGCUAAAAUCUUACUCUCUCUCUCUCUCUCUCUCACUCUCUCUCACUCUUUCUCUCUGAUGCACACACACACAUGCAUACAGACACAAAAUUAGAUAACUUCCAGCCUUUACAUUAUUCUUUACAUAUGCUUACUGUUAUUUACAUUGUUUUCUUUUUUUUUCUCUCCCCUCUCCCCCACCCCCCAUUGCCAUUACUGUAUAGCUGUUGGAGCAAUUUAAUGUUUUUUUUUUUUUUUUUUUUGUUUUUUUUCUGCCAGAGCAUCUUGCUAUUGCUCUCCUAGACCAGAGUUCUGUUUCUGCCUGGAUAAUCCUAUUCUUGCUCUCUACUGGACCACUUAUUAAUGUUCCUGCCAACACGGCCUGACAUUUGCUCUACUAGGUGACCCGAGUGUAAUACUUCUUCUUCUGCUAGGGCAGCGCCUUCUAAAGCUAUGCUGAAGCAAUCAGCUUCUGCCUCUACAGACCAAUACAACUAAGCUGGGUGGGGGGGGGGAGCAUUCCAAGGUUUCUGCCAGCAAUCUGGCUAUCGCUGUGCUGAAGCAACUUCAUAUUUCUACCAGAGCAAUCUGAUAUUGCUACGCCACCCAUUUGCAGAGGAGAAGAGCGAUCCUCUCAUCCCUCCAUAUAAACUGUCUAUAUUUCUGAGUUUUUUUUGUUUGUUUGUUUGUUUGAUUUUUUUUUUUUUUUGUAUGGUAGCUUAUUACUGUAUAUAUGAAACGAGAAUAAAUAAUGUUUAGGAUUUGUAAAAGUUAUUUGGUCUGGUUUUAUAGCUUAAUUCAGUUUUUACUGCUAAGUGGCUAUUGAAGCUUUGCCUUUCCUCCCUUUAAUUAUCAUUAUCUUUUUUUCUUUAUUUAUAUUAUUACCAAUUAACUGUUGCAGACAUAAAUUACUAUCAGGAAUUUUGUACAUGUUUAUAAACUUGUCCCCUAAUUUAUAAAGCUUGCGUCAGUUUGAAUUUACUCCAUUUUUAAUCUCUGGGGCCAUACACAAUGUCUAUAUAGGGGAGCUACGUUCUGUGUGUGUGUGUGUGUGUGUGUGUGUGUGUGUGUGUGUUGUGUGUGUGUGUGUGAAUGGAUGGUUGGGUUGUACCAUGGUGUAUUAACAAUUUCUUAAACCCUACCCAAAGGCAUAUAUGUUGCCGUUUUUCUCUCCUCCUCUUAUAAUGUAAAAUUAUUGAAACAGUAACAUGAAGAUCAAAGUCUUUUGUUCCUCGUUUAGUUUGAUUAGCAUCAAACCAUAAUUAAUGAACUGGUUUCCUGUUAACUUUUGACAGAUUAAACUCUUCAGUUUUAUUUAUAUAUAUUUUCUAAAAGAGGGGGAGAUGGGGUGUUGGAAUCCUUCCAUUUCACUUGUAAAUGCCCCCUCCCCUUGUAAUCUAUUGUCUCCCAUCUCACUUAUUUUACUUCAAUUCUAAAAAAAACCCAAAAAGAUAGUGUUAAACAGUAAAAGCCCUCUCAUUUAUAGUUUUUCUUUGUUUGGAAGCAAAAUCAAUUGAGCUAUUUACCAAAGGUUUUAUUCAUUAUGCUACUCUCACCAACAUUACAAUUAUUCUUUUAUUUUUAAUUUGUCUGAAGCUUUGUUUUAUUAUGACUAUUAAAAUCAAUUGUAUACAUAAUACAACUCUACUUCAAUUAGGCCUGUUCUAUGUUUGUGAACUUAGUCUUCUCUGUGUGGCUGUGUCUUCAAUCCUGUCUGCAGAUAGUGAUCUUCUACAGUUGGAAUAUGUCGAUAAAUCAAAAUAGUGUUUCCCUUUGAAACAACAAGUUUCCCUCUAACCAUGUAUUGCUUUAUAUUUGUAAAGGCAGAACACCUUGCUCAUGACACCCUUAACCUAUUUAUAACCAUGUAUAUUUCUGUUUUCUAUAAAUCAUUUAUAUUCCAAGCAACCCAAAAUCUCAUCUUCCUUGCGCUUAUCAAAAUCUUUUCACUUUUCAUAGCCACUAUAAAUUAAGUUGUAUUUUUCCUACAAUUGUCUUUCUCUAUGCUUUAUUGGAUGACAGACGAUCCACAGCUGACAAUAAAAUCUUCCACACUCUU